UCCACGGAUGUGUUUGCAGUCUACACAGACUUAACACAGAGUGCUGAGAUCCCCCAUAUCUCUGUCACGAUUUGUAUUAAUCUCAGAAAUCCUGUUGAUUAAUUUUGUCUCACUUUCAUAAGUUGAGAAUCGUUCAGUACUGUUAAGAUAUAAAAUCUAACUAGUGCUUUUUGCUUGAACAGUGUGAGAUGCGCCGCCAUCUCAAGUGAUACUGUGAAAUUUGCUAUUAUUCCACUUUGUGGUCGUUGCCAUAGCAGCAACCUUGGUCCGGAAGUACAGAGAGACUUGCCGGAAUUACAUUCAAGCGCGCAUGUGCAGUCCGCCAGCGCCAGCUUGAAUUGUAAACAAAGAGCAUAGCGUGAAGCUAAGCUAAACUAACGCUAAUGCGUUUGCAUUGAAGUCUAUGCAUUUCCAGUAGCAGCGAAGGCUAAUAGAUAGCACGUAGCAUUUAGUGGUCUUAAAUGCAUUGUAUGGCUGAUGUUUGAAAUAACUCUUGCAUCUCAGUUAUUUCUCUUUACUCACCUUGGAAAAGUUUACAAACGCAAAGUUAAUAAAAGUGUGCACAAUCUAACUGCUGAGUUUAAUCACUACUGUUUUAUUUUAUUUUUGUUUUUCCUGCUGUACCUGGCCUGUUGAAUUUGAUCAGUUUGAACUCACAUAAGCUGUUGGUUUUAUUAGUGAUGAAUUAUAGUUUUGUUUUCAUGACUAUAAAUUAAUGCUCUCUGACCUGUACAAGUAUAAAUACUUUUUCCAUUUAUCAACAUCUAGGAACACCCAUUUCCUAUAAUUGUUGAUUUAUACGGAUAAGACUCACUGAUUAAAUAAAUUAUAAUUGUUUAAUUUAAUGAUAAACUGCAUUAAAUGUUACUUUAACCAACUUCAUUGUUUUGAAAUUUUAAUUUCAUUAAUGGUUCAUUUAUGCAUGGCUCUAUCAUUUUAGCAAUAAUUAAUAAUUAAAAUUUAGUCAUAAGUGUUCUUAUCAAUUUUAAUGAUAACUUAUAAAAGUUAUUACCACGUUACAGAUUUAAAGUUAAGUUCAAUUCAAAUUUGAAUUUAGUCUUUUCAUCUAGUAGAGCCCUCCAAUUAGCCAAACUUCAAAAGGAAAAUUCAGAUUUUUCUAAUACGUAGGCUAAGUGGUUACUAUAUAACACAAUAAAACCAACACUUCUUGAAGUAUCAACUCAACAGUGCCAUUGUUUUGACAUCCUUAAUUACACCUAAUGCUAAGAGAAAACUAACUCCUUUGUUAUCUCUUUCAACUAACUAUCUUCUUUUUACUGGACUAUUGAUGCUGGUUUAAGGAUUGUGCUUGUGAGAGUCAAAAAAGCAGAGAAUUUUAAAAAACAUUUAAUAGAUGUUUGGGACACUUGAACACUUUUAAUUGUUAAAAUUGUCUGAUCUCACCCCUCCUUUCUCACUCAUCAGGUCACCCAGAAGAUAGGCGUCGUUAGAUCCAAUUCUAAACACGCAUCCAGAAACAAUUUAUUUGGUGUACGGAGUCAAUCCUAUUCAGAAGCCAAUACUGUUAUUGUUGUCCUACUUUCUGUCACUUCAGAAGAAAGUUAAUAGCAACUUCAGUCCUGGUAUUUAGAAAUCUUAUUUUUAUAUUUAACAAAAGCUAAAGGAACCCUCUCUCUAGGAAAGUGGAAACUGCAGAUUUUCACCCUACUCCUUAGUCUCCUUAACACUUUUGUUUACUUUGUUCUCUCACUGUGUCUGUGCUACUGACUCUUUCCACAGAGACUACCAGUUAGACACGCGUACCCACCAGAGGGCCACAGUUCCAGAGAACCACACUUCACUCAACAUUAGAACACACUUAACAUUGCACAUUAACAUUUCUCCUUUUCUGUUUGCAUUGUUCUACCUUGUUUUUUUUUUCUUUCUCCUCUCUAUCUCUCUUCAAGGUCUUUGUCAGUUAAAAUCCUAAGUCCUCCCCCCGCCGCAAAACAUGGCUCACUCCAAAGAUCCUGUUGGCCAUUGGAAGGACCUGGAAACAUGGCUGAGCGUUGUAACAGGCAGUUUCCUCCCUAAAGCUGCCGAAACACUGCAGCCCCUGACGCAAAACCAAUUGGAUGAGAACAUAGACAGCAUCAUGAAGCAAGACCCAAGUCAAAGCUUCAACCACAAGGAGCUGGCCAAAAUCACUGGUACUUUGAGUCACACACUCAUAGCCACGCUCAAGUUGAGUGACAGACACGCCUCCCAACUCCAACACAAGCUGACAUGCCUGCAAGCCCGCAUCGAGCAGCUAGAGCUAGAGGCUCAGGAACGUCUGGAACAACCAAGUGAGGUGGAUGAAGGUACCACAGAGGAGAUCGACAAACUACAAGAAGCCCUAACAGCCAUCACAGAAGAAAGAGAACAAGCCAGAGCAGACCACGCUGACGUCGCUAACAAGCUAGAUUACCCUGAACAGCUACUGAAGGAAGCGAAGGUGGACUUAAGAGACAAGAAGGCCAGAAUCAAAGCCCUUGAAACUCACCUGAGCGAAGCAAGACAUGAGAUCGACAGACUAAUGCAGGAAGUGAAUGACAUCAAAGAGGAGUCUGCCAGUGAACUCAGGCAUGCCUAUGCACUGCGCUAUGAACCUCCAAAAACAAGAUGUGCACCAGCCUCGCCCCUGCCAAGCAGGACAGGAUCCCCUGUCCCUGAGCUCUCACCUAUUGAAAGAGGUGAGAAACCAUGCCGAAGAUCUUCGCCAACACCUUCUGAAGAGCCUUACCUUACCCCACAGCGACGAGAGCCUGUGAUAGCCAGUCACAGAUCGUCAUACAGUCUGGACCUUUAAGACCUUGACAA